AGAUCGGUGGUGUAUUAGGAAACUACGAAACGGUACGGCGCACAAAACGAUGGAAGCUCUCAUUCCGGUGGUCAAUAAGCUGCAGGAUGUUUUCAAUACCGUAGGCUCGGAUGCCAUCCAGUUGCCACAGAUUGUUGUCCUUGGCAGCCAGAGCUCGGGUAAAAGUUCGGUCAUAGAAAGCCUGGUGGGUCGAACAUUUCUUCCGCGAGGUACCGGCAUUGUGACGCGUCGUCCUUUGGUCCUCCAGCUCGUCUACACACCGCUUGAUGACCGUGAGCACCGCUCGGCCGAACAUGGCACGGUGGCCGUGGAGGAGUGGGGUCGUUUCCUGCACAUUAAAAACAAGGUUUUUACCGAUUUUAACGAUAUCCGCGAAGAGAUUGAAAAUGAGACGGACCGAAUGGCGGGAGCGAACAAGGGUAUCUGUCCGGAGCCGAUCAAUUUGAAGAUUUACUCAACCAAGGUCGUGAAUCUGACGUUGGUGGAUUUGCCCGGUAUUACGAAGGUGCCGGUCGGUGAUCAGCCGGAAGAUAUCGAGGCACAGAUUAAGGAUUUGGUGCUGAAGUACAUCGAAAAUCCGAACUCGAUCAUUUUGGCUGUGACGGCGGCCAACACCGACAUGGCAACGAGUGAAGCGCUCAAGAUGGCAAAAGACGUCGAUCCGGACGGUCGUCGUACGCUUGCGGUGUUGACGAAGCUUGACCUAAUGGAUGCCGGUACGGAUGCGAUCGAUAUUCUGUGCGGGCGUGUCAUCCCGGUGAAGUUGGGCAUUAUCGGCGUGAUGAAUCGUUCACAACAAGACAUACUCGAUAAGAAAGCGAUCGAAGAUCAGUUGCGUGAUGAGGCGGCGUAUCUGCAACGGAAAUACCCGACGCUCGCGACGCGUAAUGGCACGCCUUACCUGGCCAAAACGCUUAACCGUCUGCUGAUGCAUCACAUCCGUGACUGUCUACCGGAUCUUAAGACGCGCGUUAACGUGAUGGCUUCCCAGUUCCAGUCGCUAUUGAACUCGUACGGUGAAGAUGUGACUGACAAGAGUCAGUGUCUGCUGCAGAUCAUCACGAAAUUUGCGUCAGCCUAUUGUUCCACGAUCGAGGGCACGUCGCGUAAUAUUGAAACGACCGAGCUGUGUGGUGGUGCACGGAUUUGUUACAUUUUCCACGAAACGUUUGGCAAAACGCUUGACUCCAUCCAUCCGCUGACGGGGUUGACCAAGAUGGACAUUUUGACCGCCAUCCGUAACGCGACCGGUCCGCGGCCGGCUCUGUUCGUGCCGGAGGUAAGUUUUGAACUGUUGGUAAAGCGGCAAAUCCGUCGCCUGGAAGAUCCAUCACUUCGGUGCGUGGAGUUGAUCCACGAGGAGAUGCAACGCAUCAUACAGCACUGCGGUACGGAAGUGCAGCAGGAGAUGCUACGUUUCCCGAAGCUGCACGAAAAAAUUGUCGAUGUAGUGACGCAGUUGUUGCGUCGACGGUUGCCAACGACCAACUGCAUGGUGGAGAACCUGGUGCAGAUUGAGCUGGCGUACAUUAACACCAAGCAUCCGGACUUUCACAAGGAUGCGGCACUGGUACCGAGUCUGAUAAAAACUGACUCCCAAGAUCAGUGGGCCGGACAUCAGACAGGCAAUCCACCAAGCCGGCGUCCCGGUUCGAAUAGACAGCUGGCGCUGGUGGAUAAAACGGGCAUGCUGAACUUAAAUCAUGAUGCAAAUCAACAACAAAUGGCACAGCAGCAACAGCAGUCACAAAACCAUGUUGCCGAGCAAACGGGUGGAUGGCUGGGAAGCAUUUUGCCACCCAACAUGGAAGCCAUGAUCGGUGGCGGUCCGGGCAGUGAAAGUGGCAACAGCACGGCCAGCAACACACCUACCCACGGUGUGCUAAGUCCUACCAAACCGGUUAAUUUGUUGCCCGACGUUCCGAUGAACCAUUCGUCCCGCAAGCUGACUGAUAAGGAGCAGAAGGAUUGUGAUGUUAUCGAACGCUUGAUCAAAUCGUACUUUUACAUUGUGCGGAAAUCGAUCCAAGAUUCCGUUCCGAAGGCCAUUAUGCAUUUCUUAGUCAACUUUGUGAAGGACAACUUGCAGUCGGAGCUGGUGACGCAUCUGUACAAAUCCGACUCGGCCAACGAGCUGCUGAACGAAUCGGAUCACAUCUCCAUCCGACGCAAGGAAGCAAGCGAUAUGUUGAAGGCACUGACACGCGCCAAUCACAUCAUCAGUGAAAUCCGAGAGACCCACAUGUGGUAAGCGUCGUUUCAACUAUUUAUUCUCGCACACCAAAUACAUAACAGAGUAUCCAUAAAUGGUUAACGGUCGAUGUUUCCGGUGCUGGAAAAGGAGUGAUACCGUUAAUUACGUCAAGCCAUGCUCUUGUACCGGUGCUCACGUGAGCUUUUGGGAAGGGAUGGGAACGUUUAGCUUAAAAGAUGCGACAGCGGCAGAAUACGUAUCGCUUGCACGCAUCUCAAAAUUGCAUUAGUAUGUCGAUCAUUUUAAUUCUAUUAGAACAUACCCAUUUACGCACGCCAUACAAUGACGGACGGACAACAUUACGAUUCUGUUCGAUGGAACACGAACGAAUGGUGGAACAGCUUUUGUUAGACCGGUAGAGAAACCAAUUGAUGGAAAAUUCAUUCUUCACAUGAAAUGUUAAACUAUUCAAUAUUUGCUAAAUAAUAAUAUACAACAAUACGAUCGUGUCCGCAAAAUUAGCAGAGGGAACUUGAGAGAACCAAAAGAAAGAAGAUGAGGAAAUAUUAUACGCAUAUAAAACAGCAUACAUUAAUUUUUGAGGAUUUAACAAUAUGUAGACAAUUUCGAGAGCGAUAGAUAUCAUCUCAAACACAUUUCAUGCGCAUUUCCUUAUCAGUUUCGCUCCCCGUUACUCUCUUCAUCUAUGUCUUGAUAUUACUCAACUAAUGUAUUGCAGUAUAGAAGUAUGGAAAGCGAAUGUAACGGAAAAUGUGCAGCAGCUUUGUGAACGAAUGGAGGAAAUGCUUUUCCUAGUCCAAACAUACCACCCGGAUGCUGUUUAGUGUGUGUUCGUGUACCGAAACACCGGUGCAGUAACAUAGAUUCCAUUCCUAUCCCGUCGCGAUCCCACGUUUUGGACCAUUCCUAGUACGGUUUCCUCCGAAAAUGUCGCUCUCUCGCGUCGGAAAAUUCAAACUGUGGACAGAAAGCUCUAAAUUAUUCGUCUCGAAAUUUUACACAGUUAUUCGCACUAGAAACGCCUCGAACGCCGUAGGUAAAUGUUUUUGUUGGGUCUCAAAUCUCAGUCGUUUAUGCACUUCGUAAGUUUUGCGGGAGUCAACAAAAAUGGAAAUUCUAGUUAGCAAAAUAUCUGACGGUGGAAAAAGGACCCCCUUUAAAGCAUUUCUGAUAUGAAUAAUGUAUGUUUUUCGUCCUGUGUUGUUAGAACUACACACCACUCGUGUGGUACACUACUUAUAGUUGUCGCCUUUUCAUUGUGAUUGUGCAUUUUUCGUUUUGCAACUCCGUAGAAUGAGAUUAGAAAGAAAUAUCAAAAGACAGUUUGUUGGUUUGGUGACACUGUUGUCCUGUAAACCAAGUGCUAAAACCGAACCGAAUAAUACAACAAACAGAUUAUUGUACAUUUUCUAGCCAUUAUCUUUCUGUUAACUAAAUAAGGAAAGAACAUGGAGCUGAUGCAUAAAUAAAACAAACAAUCGUUGAU